AGGCGGUGCGCGACGCGGCGCGCGCCUGCCUGCACGUGGCCGCGACCACGGCGGUGCACCAGGAGCUGCAGGCGGAGAUCACAAUGCUCCUGUCUGCUGGGCUGGCGGGCCUCACCAGGCACUCGAAGGCAUCUGCUGUGGACGCACUGAGCAGACUGCUGUACGAGCACAGCUACAACAUGGCCACGGAGCUCGUCAGGCGGCUGGUGCAGGCAGUGCUGCUGCUCCUCCGGGACGACGACGCCCAGGUAUGGCGGGCGGCGCUCAAGUUCACAAAGGUCGUGGUUUUCGUCUUGCCAAAGGAGCUGCUGGCCGAGUUCCUUCCGCUGAUACUGGUGCUCUUCGAGAGCCGCCACACGGCCACUGCCAAGAUGACGGUGCGGAAGAUCGUGGAGCGCCUCGCGAAGGUGCUGCCCGAGGACGAGGUGGCCGCUGCGUUUCCGAAGGCGCACUUGCCGCUGCUGCUGUACGUGCAGCGGCAGACGCAGCGCAAGCUGCGGCCAAAGGGGGCGCGCGCGGCUGGGGAGGGCGACGAGGACGACGACAAGGCGCAGGAGGAAGAUGCCGACAUGGGAGACGCAAACAGCAAGCCGAAGCAGAGCUGGGACGAUUUCGACAAGGGCGACGAGGAAUACAGGGGCCCCGAGUCAUUCGGAACCAACAAGCAGGCGAAGAGAAACAAACGAGGCGAAGGUGCCGAGCUAGCCUCGAUGGCCGGACCGGAGCCCCCGCAAGCAGUGCUGAACAGCCUGCAGCUCUUGCAGGAGCCGCGAGCAGUGUUGAACCUAGUGCAAGCAGUGCUGAACAGCCUGCAGCACUUGCAGGAGCCGCGAGCAGUGCUGAACAGCCUGCUGUAGGUGUAGAUGUGGAUGUAGGUGUAGAUGUAGAUGUAGAUGUACAUGGAGGUGUAG